CGGGUGGUGGGCUGCGCGGCGACGGCGGAGAAGCUGGCGGAGAAGCUGCGGGCUCAGCAACGCGAAAAAUCGAGGGGCGAGGAGCCCAAAUCGCCGCUCUCGAGACGGGUCCGUCAACUUGACAGGUUCAGCAAGCAGCUCCAGCGGGUUCAUCCCAAUGUGCUGGCCAAAGCACUAAAGAAUGGGAUCCUGUACCAGAAUGAGAAAAUUGUGGUGAUUAACAAGCCUUAUGGCAUCCCUGUGCAUGGUGGACCUGGUGUCCGAAAUUGCAUCACUGAUGUUUUACCCAUUUUGGCAAAGAUGCUGCAUGGCAUGAAAGCUGAACCCCUGCACUUGUGUCACCGGCUGGAUAAGGAGACAACAGGUGUGAUGGUGCUAGCAAGGAACAGCGACAUAGCUUAUGAGAUCCAGCAUCUCUUUAAAACUCGUCAGGUGGAGAAGGAUUACAGGGCAAUCGUUGUGGGGGUCCCAGUCCCCUCAGAGGGGCUGGUGGAUAUUCCCAUUGUGGAGAAGGAAGUGCAGAGCCAUCAGUCCCACCAUAAGAUGACGCUGGCACCAAACUAUCGCCUGUCUUCUGAGGAAGGAAAGCUGGUCAAAGUGCGCAAGAACCGAGCUGCUCAGAGUGCAGCGACCCGAUACCGUGUUCUGGCUAGCUUUGCCUCUUGCUCCCUCCUGGAGCUCCAGCCGAUCACAGGAGUGAAGCACCAGCUUCGGGUCCAUUUGGCCUAUGGCCUGGGGUGUCCGGUCCUUGGGGAUCAUAAAUACUCGCACUGGAGCAAGCUGGCACCCCAGAAGCUGCCUGAGGAUGCCUUGAGGAGAUUGGGAUUGGAACAGGUGAAAGCACGUCACCUUCCCCUCCACCUGCAUGCCCAUAGGCUCGCCCUGCCGCUGGGGACCGGAGGGGACAAGCAGAUUGAUUUGGUCUGCAAGCUCCCUGUUUGCUUUAAAAUCUCAUUAGAACGGCUGAAGCUGAACGUCCCAGAAUUUCAAGAGAAGUGAGACAAGGCUGCAGCUGUCUGUCUGUCCCUACAGCUGCCGUGGAGCCAGUUCUGCUACGGAGUCUUGCUCCCCAGUUGCACAGGGCUACCUGCCUCGGAAGAAGCAAUGUGAGGAGAUCAGUAAUCUCUGCUGCUGAAGGAAAACAACAAUGGGACAGCGUGCGUUUUGGUUUGCUUGGCUGAUCUUAAGCUGUUCAGUUCCCCAAGGGAGGUUUGAGCAUCUGUGCAGAAACGUUACUGAAGUCAGGAAGAGCCCAGUAGUUUGCCAUUAAGGAUCCAGCAGAGGCUUGGCAGACACUGAUCAGAGAGGAGUCCAAACCCAAGAAGUAAACUUCUUUCCAAACAGUAAAUGAUCUGGUCUCAUUCUCAGCA